AUGCGUGGAGGAAUUUUCAAAACGUUGCCUCUUACGGUGAUUGCCUUGGUGUCAUUACUGCUAUUCACGCAGACUCAUGCCCAGACUGUGGCGAAGAAGGAUUGCGCGACCGGUGUCCACGCCAUCCUUCUUCGAGGCUCAGGCCAGGGAAACGAUUUGAAUGUCCUGGUAAAGCUCAAGGAGGCGAUCCUCGAGCAGAUUCCAGGGUCGACUGUCUUGGGACUUCCUUAUGGCCAUGGCGACCCGGAUAGGUUCAAGGCCGUUUAUAACGGAGCCCUACUCCUCCAGAGGUAUAUCGAGGAUUACGUUGCCAGCUGCCCAGACACCAAGAUUGCUCUUCUUGGAUACUCUUUGGGUGCGGUUACCAUGAUGGAUGCGCUCUGUGGCACCAGCUCUCUUCUUCUCGAAGAGGUAGCUGCCAUCGAUCCGAAAUACAACACGAGCAUCAUCACGGCGGCUGCAUACGGCGAUGAGACUUAUGUUCCUCUGAUGCCAUGGAACACAGGCAACUGCACAGUUGGAUUGGGGCUUUUCCCUCGCCUGGAUCCGUUGUCGUGUGAACCCUUCGCGGCCUCGUUGCACAGCUACUGCGACUACGGUGACGAUCAAUGCUGCUUCAUCCUACCCAUGGACGGCAACCUGGCACACCACCAGUAUAUUGAGAAAUACGACCAGGAUGUGGUGGAUUUUACCAAGAAGCGGCUUGCCGAGUGA